AAGACUGCCCGCGAAUUCGUCGCACGCCUGCAUGAGCAAGAAGACGCCAAGGAAGAAAAGAAGCGCAAACGAGAGGAGGAGAACCCGAGUUCUCGAAAAGUGCAAAAGACUUCCAGCUCUUCAUCACACAAAAAGCCAGAUGCACCCAGGCAAACGAUCAGUGGUCAACCAGGCGAUGGCAAUGCCAACGCUGGAAAUGCCAGUGCCUCCGCCAUACCCUCAAUUCAGGCGACCACACACAGAAGCCAGUUUUCUCAGAUCCUGAAAAGCAUUCCUCUAGACCGCGACACCAGACAUACGAAAACGCAGAAAAGGGAUCUGAGACAGGCUGUUCAGAUCUUCGGUUACAAGAAAGUCUUAGCUGUCGAUGGAAACUGGCUCCUCAAGGGUAUGCAGACCCCCCUCAAGGAUUACCAGCAAACCGCUACUGCGUGGAUGGUGAAGAGAGAGUGGGCACGUACGGCGCCUCAUGGUGGCCUGCUAGGUGACACCAUGGGCCUCGGAAAGACAGUCGUGAGUCUCAACACCAUCGUGGGAAAUCCCGCCUCAGCUGAGGACAUCGAUGAGUUCAGCAAGACCACGCUGGUCGUUGUGCCAAACCAAGACAUAGCUUCCCAAUGGCGAAAUGAGAUCAGGAAGCACUGCGCAAAAUCUCGAGGCGGUAGCUUCGUGGUCUACUCCAAAUCCUUAGACUGGGAUGCAGAGGACUGCAUGAAUCAAUGGAUUGUGAUCACAACAUAUUCAGAACUUGUCGCUCAAUUCAGCAACAAGGAGAAAACUAAAGCGCUCAAGGGGAAAUCUACUGGCGACUCGAAGCGUGCUAAGCUGGGUGUGCUCUUCCAGGCUCGUUGGUACAGGGUGAUCCUCGACGAGGCUCACGCCAUCAAAAGUCACACCAGUCUAACGGCUAUUGCUUGCUGGGAACUGACAGCCAAGUUUCGUUGGGCUUUGAGCGGCACUCCCCUUUCCAAUAGGAUCGAAGAGUUCUAUCCCUACCUCAAGUUUCUGCAGUGCAAUUUUACCGGAACUUUGAGAGAGUACAAACGAAACUAUGUUUCUCAGGCAAGCUACCUCCUUAUACUAAUAUGGUUGGUCUCUAAUGUGACGCAGGACAAUGCCGAUGGAAACUUCGAUGUGCUCAUCAGUCUCAUCAUGUACAGGCGGACUAUGAAUGAUGACUUCCUGGGUCAUCGCAUGAUUGAUCUCCCAGACAGCCAGACCCAUGAUGUUUGGGUCCCCCUCUCGAAAGAAGAACAAGCUAUCUACAACGUUGUGGACAAACACUACGAACAGAAGAUUGCCAAGGUCCAAGUCAAGCAGGAAGAAACUGGCGAGCAGAAGAUUUCGGACGAAGUUACAACGAAACAAGAUGAAGCUGACGAACAGCAGAAAGACAACGCAAAGAAAUCUAUCAGAUUCCUUCAGAGGGCUCGAUUGCAGCGUCUUCGUCAAGCAGUAUCUCACCCAUUCAACUUGGAGAAGCUGUUCCGACAGAAGCUUCAGAUGGAGAGUAUUCUCGAGAUGAAAUCCCGUCUUAGUGAGCAAGUGCCAACUCCAAUCCUCCAGCAACUUCGAGAGGGUGAAGUCUUUGCAGAUGGACUGUCAAAGUAUCUCGUGGGCUUGCGAAACCUGGAAACGAUGGGCCCGUCCGCAAUUGGGGGAAGCUUCAACAUGGGAGCCUUGCUGAACCUGGUGGAGAAUGAACUCUUGGUAAGGAAUGCCGGCUGUGCUGGCUGCACUAAGGAAAAAGACCUGUUCAGACCAACCCGGGCUUCUAAUUGUGAGCAUAUCUACUGCGAGGCAUGUCUUAUCAUAGCGCUUCGUGAUGACAGGAAUAAACCGGUUCGGAAGUGCCGUGUGCCUGGAUGCUCCGCGCUACUUGAAGCUGGCGAGGCAGUGAAAACUUUGGCCCUCAUCCAUGAAAAUGCAAGUAAGGACCCUCGCUUCACAGAAGCUGGCCGAGACAGCAAUGGUGUGCAAGUGAAGCGCGAUGAAAGCAGGAAUUCAUUUUUCAUUUCCUCUUGUGAUAAAGAUACGGGCGUCAGCAUGCCCCCAAGCUCGAAGUUGACUGCCACUAUGGCAGUGAUCAUGACCUGGAAAGAGCAAGCGCCAGACGACAGAAUUAUCGGCAAGUCUCCAGGAUUCAUCAUGACCGCGAAAGCUCUGGGUCGAAUGAUGGGGAUAGCAGGAUUGAGCUUUGUCUAUUACAACGGGGCAAUUACGUCGCACCAGAAGGCAAAGGCUCUCCAGGCGUUCCAAGACAAGGACGGGCCAACGGUUCUACUCGCAUCGAUGAGAUGCGGUGGCCAGUCCCUCAACCUUACAGUGGCCAACCGGGUCAUCAUUGUCGAUCCAUGGUGGAACAAGACGCAGGAGCAGCAGGCUUUCGGCCGAGUUGUUCGAAUGGGCCAACAAAAGACGUCGUAUCUUGUGCGAAUUUUGAGCGAAGGCAAGAUCGACAAGCACAUGGCGAUGCUGCAAGAGCAAAAAUCGGAAAUCGUGGACCGCGCGCUUCAGGAUGACGGGCAUACGCCCGCCAGCCUCACCGAGGAGCAACUCGAUGCGCUCUUUUCACCCAAGGAGCAGGAAAAGAAGCCUUCCGAAGGGAAGGAGAUCAAGAUCCCUAUCCGCAAUGCUCGCAAGGCCAAGUCUUGA